AUGGCUCCGAAACAGAAGAUUAUCAUCGAUACCGAUCCAGGUGUCGAUGAUAUCAUAGCUCUGCUGCUCGCUCUCAGUGCCAGCCCUGAGGAACUGGAGGUUCUCAUGGUGUCUGUCACAUAUGGCAACGUCCCUCUGCAAAGCUGUCUUCGAAAUGUCGUCUCCCUCUUCCAUGUGCUCGAGAAAGAGCUCGAAUGGAGAAAGUCCACAGGUAAAGUCGAAGGUUUUGGGGCGAUGAAGGCAAACAAACCUAUCGUGGCUGUUGGCCCUGAACAUCCUCUCUGCGAUGAGACAUUGAUGGCCGAUUACUUCCAUGGCAUUGAUGGGUUGCAUAAUGUUCAUGAGGCGCAUCCCGAUUUGUCCCCUGCUGAGACUUGGAAAGAUCUCUUCGCGGAUGGUGCCAAUAGUGCCCAAGACUAUUCUCCCUUCUUCACACCCUCUAAUGCUCCCUCCCACAAGGAGAUCCUUCGGAUCCUGAAAGAGAAUCCUGAAGAUACCGUCUCCAUCCUGGCGGUUGGCCCCUUGACCAAUGUUGCUCUUGCAGCUGCAGAGGACCCUGAGACAUUCCUUCGUGUCAAGGAGCUUGUCGUGAUGGGCGGAGCUGUCAACGUUGAGGGCAACUGCACUCCUGUGGCCGAGUUCAAUUGCUAUGCUGAUGCUGUCGCCGCUGCGCGAGUCUACGCACUGACUUCACUCAAGCCAAGCUCCACAAUGCCUAGUAUUCCCAAGGAGCUCUCAACUCUGAAGGCUUACCCUGAAAAACUCUCUCGCCAGCUGAAGCUCACACUUUGCCCUCUCGACAUUACAACACCCCAUCUUAUCAACAAGAAUUACUUUGACGAGCACGUCAAGGCCCACGUCAAUGCUGGCAGCCCGCUUGCUAGGUGGGUGUCACAUUUUGUCACUGGCUCAUUCAAGAAGAUAGUGGACAUGGAGGGAGAUGAGAACGAGCCCGGUCUAUCUUUGCACGACCCGUUGACGGUCUGGUAUAUGCUUACUCGGGACGACCCUAAGUGGAAGACCCCCGAGAAGCUGGAGGACAUCCGGGUCGAAACGAGCGGUCAGUGGACACACGGAAUGCAUGUUGUUGAUCGUAGGUUCAGGGUGAAACCUGCAGAGGCUGCAAUUGCUCUUUCAGCCAACCCCGGUGAAGACCCGGAGAUCCUCAAGCUGGACGAGGUUCCUGGUGAUGACCACGCCUGGCUGAGCGUCCUGAAGGGCAACCGUCUCAACCGUGUCAUUGACUCUCCGGGCCAGGAUAUUUUUAAGGAAGUGCUCAUGCAGCGAAUCUUCGGAUAG